ACAACGAUCGCGGCAGCCUCGCGCCCGUUUAACAUCGGCAAAGACACCUACGGACACCACUACCACCCAUACCAUCAACCCCUCAGAACCCCUCCACCGGGAAUACGGUCCGUUUGACAGAAACCGAAUUCUUUAUUCCAAUUCCCCCGGUUGCGAAGUCCUUGUCGGGCACACCUGCAAAAUGUCUGCGUUGAACGCCUUCCAUGAGUCGCUGCCAUAUAUUGAUGACGAGCCCACACCGGCAGAGCGCGAAGCUGCCGAGUCCCUGAUCCGAUCUGAAUUAUCCACCUUUACCCCGGCGCCUGCGCCAAACUACAAAGAACCGUCCUUCUCCUCCCUCGUCGAACUGGAGCUGGAGCGUGUCGCCUCCAAACAGCCUCUCAAAGCUAUUGAUCUCGAGCGCUAUCAAACACAAGAACCUUUCUCCGACUCCGAGGCAAAGUCGACGGAAGAAGACCGUAUCCGUCUCGCCGACUCACUCCAGAAGGCCUACAUUUCCUACGCCUACCUCGAUACCCGUGCCCAAAAUCUGUAUCUGUUGGAUAAAUGGGGAAAGAACGCGUGGUUGAUUGGCAAUUGGGGACUCGAGAAUGAACUGAAAGGUUUAGAGCGUGAUCUCGCUGAAACGAAGCGCCUCAUUGAUGUUUUGACUGUCGCCCGGAGACGCCAACAGGAAGAAGUAGCAGCAGAGGUGAAGGGGCUGGAGGAGAACUGGAAGAAGGGUGUUGGAAGGACACUAGAAACCGAGAUUGCAGUCGAGCAAUUGAGACGAGAGGUUCUAGAAGAAAUGAGGGUAAGGGGCGGCUGAGACGCAUCGUACCGCGCAGACGUAGCACUUGACGAGUGCCGCACUUUACUGUAACUGUACCAAUCACAAGAACCAAUUAAUGAUACCACAUGGAACGUUAUCUUCACAAA